GCAAAACUUUCCCCCUUCUUCCUGUACCUUCCCCCCUCUCUCCUUCCAUUCAUAGUUUCAUACCACAAGAUGCGGACCGGGAAUCCAGAAUCAAUGCUGGCUGCUGGGGUUUCCGCUCUCCGCUCCGCCAUCAACCCAAAACCGCGCUAAUUAAACUUAGCCCGCCGCCUCUUCUCUCAACAACGCCGCCAAACCCCACAAAAAAAGAAGGAUGGAAGAAGGGCUCAAACCCGACGAAUCCCCUCUGCUCGGCGACCGCCACUGCCACGAGCAGCCGCCGCCGGGAACCGCUUCCACUCUGCAAACCAUAGGGAACAUAAUCGUUUCCAUCGUCGGCACCGGAAUCCUAGGCCUCCCUUUCGCUCUCCGGGUCGCCGGCUGGCUUGCUGGAUCGUUCGCGAUCAUCGUUGCUGGGAUUUCAACUUACUACUGCAUGAUUCUCCUCGUUCAAUGCAGGGAUAAAAUGGCAACCGAGGAACCCACCACGGAAACAAGAACAUAUGGCGAUCUGGGUCAGAAAGCAUUGGGCAAAACAGGGCGUUACUUAACAGAAUCCUUGAUCUUGGUUUCGCAAUGCGGGGGAGCUGUUGCCUAUUUGCUCUUCAUCGGCCAGAAUCUUUCCUCGGUGUUCAAGUUCAAUGGCUUCACAACCUCCACAUUCAUAUUCAUGUUGGUCCCAAUCGAGAUCGCCCUCUCUUGGAUCGGCUCACUAUCCGCUCUAGCUCCCUUCAGCAUUUUCGCCGAUGUAUGCAAUCUCUUAGCAAUGGCGAUAGUGGUGAAAGAGGAUGUCCAAAAAGUGUUUGGUGGGGAGUUUAAGUUCAGUGACAGGCAAGCAAUCUCGCCUGGUCCUGGUGGCUUGCCGUUUGCUUUAGGAAUGGCGGUGUUCUGCUUUGAAGGGUUUGGGAUGACAUUGGCACUCGAGCAGUCGAUGAAGGAGAGGGGGAAAUUCCGCGGAGUUCUGGCCAAUGCUGUUGCUGGGAUAGCUUCACUGUAUAUCGUGUUUGGAUUCUUUGGUUACAUGGCUUAUGGUGAUGCAACUAGAGAUAUCAUCACUCUAAACUUGACCCAGAAUUGGUCCAACAUUGCUGUUCAGAUUGGAAUGUGCAUGGGACUGGUGUUCACCUUCCCGAUCAUGGUCCACCCCAUCAAUGAGAUCGUGGAGGGGAAGCUGAGAAACGCGAGAUGGUUCCAGAAGACGGACAACGACGAUGAUGAUCAUCGCGGUGGCUACUUGGCAAGAUGGAUAGGCAGGUCGGGAAUGUACUUGUUCAGGGCAGUUCUGAUCGCGGCAUUGGCAUUCCUGGCGUCGUUCGUGCCAGGGUUCGGUGCGUUCUCGUCGAUCGUGGGGAGCAGCGUGUGCGCGUGCAUCUCGUUCGUGCUGCCGGCGCUGUUUCACUUGAGACUGCUGGGUCCGUCCCUGCCCCGUUGGAGGAAAGUUCUGGAUUGCUUCAUCAUGGUAUGUGGGUUCGCGUUCGCUGUUUAUGGCACUAUCAGCACCAUUAUGGGUGUCUGAGAAGUGAGAUUCUUCUUUUAGGUGGAUUAGAUGUUUAGGUUCUGUGGGGAGAGGGUGUAGUUUCAAUACACCCUAGCACUGCCAAGCCUAAAGAAUAACAAAUACGUUUAUCUUCAAUCAGCAGUUGAAGAAGGGUGUGGAGAAGCAGGCAGUGAUGGAAUGUUUUGGGGGAUCAUAUGACCCAAAUUGUGCUGAGAACAGACCAAAAAAAAAAAAAAAGAUCUUUGACCUGCCUGACUGUGAAUUGGGCUUCUGUUGCUUGGGCUUUUGUUUAGUAGUCCAAAUGGCAGGCUUGUCAUUCCCCCACCUCGAAAAUGUUCGCCACCACCUCUUAAAUCUUUUUUCAAAUGUGUCAAAUGUGGCUUUUUCAAGUUGUUCGGUGAUCCAAUUGUCACAUUUUCGCACUUAGGGACUUUUUUUUUAUCUCAGAUGUUUCAC